UCCUGUCUGGCCGCCCGGUGUCUGCUCCACCGCUCCGCGCUCUGCGGCGCUCCCACCCCGAACCCGAAAACUCUGCCUCCUCGUUCACCUCCCCCGGCUCCCGGACCCCCCCUCCACCACCCGGUGAAUGCACCAGCGCCGCAAACAUGACGGGCAUCGCCGCCGCUUCUUUCUUCUCUAAUUCCUGCAGGUUCGGGGGCUGCGGUCUCCAGUUCGAGACUCUCGCCGAGCUCAUCGUCCACAUCGAGGACAAUCAUAUCGACACAGAUCCGCGGGUCCUGGAGAAGCAGGAGCAACAGCAGCCCACUUAUCUGGCCCUAAGCUACAUCAACAGGUUCAUGACAGAUGCGGCGCGGCGGGAGCAGGAGACCAUGAAGAAGAAAGCCACGCCCAAACUGUCCCUGUCCAUCACUGGCGGAGUGUCCAGGAACAGCACGGCCACGCCUCCUCGCCACACCAGCGGUAACCUGACGCCUCCCGUCACCCCCCCCAUCACCCCCUCCUCCUCCUUCCGCAGCAGCACACCUACAGGCAGUGAGUAUGAUGAGGAGGAGGUAGACUACGAGGAGUCGGACAGCGAUGAGUCGUGGACCACAGAAAGCGCCAUCAGCUCUGAGUCCAUCCUCAGCUCUAUGUGCAUGAACGGGGGAGAGGAGAAGCCGUUUGCCUGCCCCGUCCCCGGCUGUAAGAAGAGAUACAAGAAUGUGAACGGUAUCAAGUACCACGCCAAGAACGGCCACCGCACGCAGAUCCGCGUGAGGAAACCCUUUAAGUGUCGCUGCGGCAAGAGCUACAAGACCUCGCAGGGCCUGAGACACCACACCAUCAACUUCCACCCCCCUGUCUCCACCGAGAUCCUGCGCAAGAUUCAAGGCUAGAGUCCGAGCUCACACCAAUCACUACCCCAAAACAUAGCCCUAUCCUGACUUUCCUUACCCUUUUAUACCCAUCCCACACACUAAAGGAUCAAGUGCGUGCUUUAAGUUGUUUUUAAUUAUUUUUUAAUCAUUUGUAUGUUACAUUGUUUUUUUUCUAUCCAUGUUAUAUCACUUGUAUUUUUGAAAAAAAAAGUAUCUUUGUAGUAUUUUUAUUGUUGUACAUUUGCACAUUCGUAUAUGCUAUCACGUUAUUUUUUUCUCUAUUGUUUGACUUACAUAAGGUGCUAACUGUAAAAAACAGAAAGAAAAGACACAAAAACAAACGAUAUGAAAGAAGAAGGGGAAACGUAACAGAAGAUGUGAAACAGGAAGUGCAACCAAGCCCUGCCCCUUUUAGAAGUUCCCAUCAGUCCUGAUCUGAGCUCAGAAGUCGUCACACUCCCUUUCCGUUAGAUUCCGAGAGUUCGCUGAGCUCAGAUCUGUGCUUUUGCAAUAACUUCUUUGGGUUUCAGUGCGAGAGUUAAGUUAUACUUUAAAUAGAUAUAUUGAUAUAUAAACAAUAGACAGAUAUGUAUGUGUACAUAAAAAUAUAUAAAAGUAUUCAUGAGCAUAUACAUAAAUAGUUACACUUUAUUUUCAAGCUUUAUUUUAUAUACUUUUUUGCCAGUGUUUGUUUUUUUCUAUGUAUCAGUAAGUGUUCCUUUAAUUCCUCAUUUGCUGCCAGUUUUGUCACCUCAGAGGUCAAACAGCUGGCUGACUUUGUGUUCAGAGUUUUCUCUUACCGCACCCUAAAGAUAAGGAGCCAAAACGCCUUUCUGUUUGACACUCUUAAUGGUGUGCGAUAUUCUUUUUCUUCUUCUUUUUAAAAAAUUUUUUUUUUUACUGUUGAUCAGGAAGGGGUGCUCACUCAGCGCUGAACGUAUUAGAACACGGCCAACAAUGUUAGACAUUUCAUCCCCUUGGAAAGCCAUCCAUGUAAUUCAUAUCACCAGUGUUUCCUCAUUCAGAGUGCCAGAGCUGUGUUCAAGAGACUUAGCCGUGAAAGCAGGUUAAGCGUCAUACUGUAUUCCAGUUGCCAAGAUCUUUGCUGUUUUUUUGUUUUGUUUUUCUCCAUGAUGUUGCCAACAGCUCUCCACUGCCAAACAUUGACCAUACCAUGUGCCUGAUGAGGGGGGGAGGGAACGGAGGGAGGGGAGAGGGUGGGUGGGUGGUUAAGGGAGUCAUAAUGGUUUCACCCUGAAGGUUGCCAAACCACGUGGCAAUGAUUUUCUUCUUCAUCGCGCCUCCAAAAUGUGCAGAUGUACAUCGACGGAAUGUUUUCAUGCAUGCUUUUCUGUGUCGUAAUGAGAGGAAUAACGUGUGAAAGAUUUGUAUUUCAAAGAGAUUACCAUCUACAACCUGUCAUCCAUGUGUGUUGUAGACAAGAGCAUUCCAGUUCAUUGUAUGCGUGUGUGUGUGUGUGUGUGUGUGUGUGAUGUAUAUGAGGAUAUGCGUGUGCGUAUUUUUUCAGCAAGUCAUCAGCCUAUAGAGUGUCACUGUGAUCUGUCUGUGUUGUCUGUGCCAGGCUGCUGGUUGGAUAAUCCUGUGGAGCAGGACGGCUGGCAGGUGUUGCGUCAUUUUAGUGUAGAGGUGGCCGACUUGUUGCCCCUGACUGGGAUUCCAUCAUUCAUUGCCUCAAAGAAAAACAAGAGCGGUGCAGUGCAGCCGCCACCGCCGCGUGCCAACACACAUCGAUUCAUGACAUAAUUUCCCUCAUCGUGCAUAAUGUUUUAAAUCUGUAGAAAGCUCCGACCGCGAGCUUGUUUUUUUUGUUCUUUUAGCGGGGACAGUGACCUCUGACAUGCACACACCCUCCUGUCCUCCAAGCUGCUGUUACCACUUGGCUAUCAUGGCAAAG